UUCCCCUUUCUCCAGGCGUCAACUACCUGAAAAUUCCACUGCUCUCGGAAGAAUUUUCAAGUAUUUCUCUUUCAGUUGACCAGUGAGUGUUACCCGAAGCAAAGUGUUUGAAAAAUGGAUUGUGUUUUUAGCAAAAUUGAGCUGGCGAGAAUGCGAUCACGUGAAUAACUCGUAAACACCGCGCUCUGAAGAAACAGGUGGUGAUUGACGAACGAAGAUCGAGCUGCGGUAGUAAUUGUAUACUUGGGGGCCAAAGAUACAUUGAACCAGCAGACGAGAGGGAUAAAAAUGAGGAUCACAACAAUUUCCAUAAGGAAAUGUAUUCACACAAUUACCCCGAAAAGUAUUCCCCACAAAACGAUGUUGGUCCUCAUGAAUGGGACGAGAUCUGUGGAAGCACUAGCAGUGAAGAUGAAUCAUCUACGAGUGAUAGUGAGAGUGAUGGAAGCCAGUAAUAUUCUCCAGAUGAUGGUGAAGGAUCAAUGAAUGAAGAUGUUGAAGUAUCAAUGGAUAAUGAACCUGAUAAUUUAAGAGAACGGCUUAAAAUUUGGGCGCUGGAGAAUAUAGCCAAUUUGAAGAAUAAAACAAUUUCACAAGUACUGGAAAUAUUUCGUGACAUUGGACACAGUGAAUUACCCCGAACCGCUGAGGCUUUAUUGGGGACGUGCCAUUAUCGAGCAACACGGAAAAUGAAAAGUUCCAAAGGUAGUUAUGGUGCAUAUGCAUACUGCGGUAUUAAAGAGGCAUUGUUGAGGAGGAUAGACGAAAAGAUUUAUAAGGAAGACGUAAUUGAAAUUCUCGUUAAUGUUGAUGGUGUGCCUAUCUACAAAAAUUCCAAACAACAUUUUUGGCCGAUAUUACUAAUGAUUUAUCAUGAAGAUUACUAUUGUUCACCUGCUAUCGUGGGAAUGUAUUCCGGAGAUGCAAAACCAGCCUUUGCGAAUGAAUUUCUCGAUGAUUUUGUAACGGAAGCUUCAGAGUUGAUUGAAAAAGGCCUUACAAUUGAUGCAAAGAACUACACUUUUAAAAUUAAAGGUUUUGUAUGCGAUACACCAGCGCGAGCUUUCCUCAAAUGCUGUAAAGGACACGCCGGAUUUUAUGCAUGCGAGCGCUGUGUAACUAAAGGUCAAACAGAUAAUGAUAAAAAUGUACGAGUUUUUCCACAGACAAACUGCCAAUUGCGCACUCAUGAGUCAUUUCGAAAUAAAACACAAGAGGAGCAUCAUUUACGAGAUUAG